AUGGGCAUCGAUUUAUUGGCUAAUAAGAUAGUCGAAGUGGCAGAGAAGAUUAAGAAACUGGGACAAGAUGAUCCAAGGAGAAUUGUCCAUUCGCUAAAAGUAGGACUGGCUCUCACAUUGGUUUCCUUAUUCUACUACAUCCAACCACUCUAUGAUCGUAUUGGCGAAAAUUUAAUAUGGGCUGUCAUGACAGUCGUUCUUGUCUUUGAGUUUUCUGUUGGAGCAACUCUGGGAAAAGGCUUAAACAGGAUGCUAGCAACGUUUUCAUCUGGUGCUCUAGGUUUUGGAGUUCAUUACCUAGCAACUUUGGCUGGUGAGAAAGGAGAGCCCAUUGUACUUGGAUUCUUCGUCGUUAUAAUAGCUGCAACAGUAACAUUUGUAAGAUUCUUUCCCACAAUGAAGACAAGGUAUGAUUAUGGGCUCCUCAUAUUCAUAUUGACUUUCACCUUAGUAUCUGUUUCGAGUUACCGAGAAGAUAAGGUGCUACGCAUGGCCCAUCAAAGGGUAACCACAAUCAUCAUGGGUAGCUUUAUCACUUUUGUUACAUGCAUCUGUAUAUGUCCCGUUUGGAUUGGAGAGGAACUUCAAAAUUUGGUAGCUAACAACAUUGAAAAGCUUGGGAAUUUCUUAGAAGGAUUUAGUGGUGAAUACUUCAAAAUAUCAGAGGAUGGACAACCCUUGUGUGAUAAACCAUUUCUUCAAGGAUAUAAAAGUCUUCUCACUUCAAAAAACACUGAAGAAACUAUGGCUAAUCUAGCAAGAUGGGAACUGUGGCACUAUCGUUUUGGGUUCUGUCAUCCUUGGAAACAAUACGUUAAAAUUGGAACCCUAACUAGGCAAUGCGCUUACAAAAUUGACACUCUUAACAACUGCCUUAACUCUAAGAUCCAAACGCUCAAUGAGUUCGGAAGCAAAAUUCAAGAUCCAAGCACAAAAAUCUGCUCAGAAUCUGGAAAAGCUCUCAGGGAAUUAGCAUCAACAAUCAAAAAAAUGAACCAAUCAACAUCAGUUAAUGCCCACAUUGAAAACUUAAAAACCGCUACUGAAAACCUGAAAUUCAUGCUUGAUACAUACCAUUUGAAAGAUGCUAAUCUCCAAGAUAUCAUACCAUCUGCAGAAGUUGCUUUAACUCUAAUCGCUGUUGUACCAUGCAUCGUGAAGAUUGCCGAUGCAGUUCAUGAAUUAGCCUCCCUUGCACAUUUCAAGACUCCGGCCACAAGAGUGUCACCGUAACAACCAUAUAUAUGCGCUCCA